UGACUGCGAGGAGGUGGGACCUACCCACUGGUGGUAGUGGGCGAGUAACCGCGUACGUGCAAAUCGUGCAGACUGCCAAGGACGAUUGUGGGUAGCCAGAAACGUGAGUUUCUCUUCGAUAACCGCGGACCCCUGCUUCAGUCAAAUUCAUCCACUAGGGACCAUCUACCUUCUCGAGUUCGGUCCAGUUUAUUUUAAGCGAUCGGAGCCCCCCAGUAGCAGUAGCAGCAACAGCAGCAGCAGCAGCAGAGAGAACGUCACACAGACCUACAGACAGACAGACAGACAGACGGACGGACGGAGCGGAGCUGUGUGUGAUGAGGAGGUCGUCUCGCCGCAAGGCUUUGCGUAACAUCCAGAUAAGACGAAGAAGGGGACAUUUUUUGUCGUGGGGACUGCUUUCAGUUUGGGUCUGCUUUCAGUGACAGACUGGUUUUGUGAAGAAACACACAGCAGAGAUAUAAAGCUACUAAAGGAGCUGACGGGGAAAUCACCGAGGCCUGUGCUGCAAGUCUGUGCAGACUUUUCUGUUCUUCAGCAUGAAGGCACCACUUGGAAUAUCCAUGAGCUCCGAUUUCCCACACUACGGUUUCAAGAUGCCAAAUAUAGGGUUCCAGAACCUUCCUCUUAAUAUCUACAUUGUGGUCUUUGGGACAGCCAUCUUUGUCUUCAUCCUCAGUCUCCUCUUCUGCUGCUACCUGAUCAGGUUACGGCACCAGGCACACAAAGAGCUAUAUGCAUACAAACAAGUCAUUCAGAAGGAAAAAGUCAAAGAGCUAAACUUGCAUGAGAUAUGUGCGGUGUGCUUGGAGGAGUUCAAGCAGAAAGAUGAGCUGGGGAUCUGUCCAUGCAAACAUGCCUUUCAUCGGAAGUGCCUCAUUAAGUGGCUGGAGGUGAGGAAAGUGUGCCCGCUGUGCAACAUGCCCGUCCUGCAGCUCGCCCAGCAGGCCAGCACCACGGAGCCCCCUGUGCCCGUCCAGCAGCCCCUGCCCGGCGCCGAGAACCUGGUGUAGCGGACGCUGAGUCCCUCUCGGAAAGCAGCCGGCGGACACACAACAAACCACAUCCCAAUGCUCACACUCACACCUUAAACAGGUACCCUUCGGUGGGAGUGUGCGAACUGACACAAACUGGAAUAACUGAGCAGAAGCUCACAAAAACUGAGAGUCUGCGGUCGUCAUCACCUCUUUUUAUUUUUGCAAAAAGAAAAAAAAGGAUUUCCUUUAUGUCAGCACAGAGUGGCUGAUAAUCAGCCGUUCUUUUUAUUUUAUUUUUUUUUACUUCAUGGACGAUGGAGCUGAUCUAGAAGAAGUUUCUUUUUGUUACUUUUUCACAACCAAAGCGCUUUUCUGGAGGGCACCAGCAAAAGACGAGGAAGAAAACGCAAAAGCCAAGAACUUCACUACACUAAGAUAUAUAUAUUUUUUGUUUGUUUCAUUUAAAAAGCACUUUACGAGAAGGCGAAAUCUUAAUUGCUUUGGCCUAAGGUCAUGUAUUAUAUUUUAUUUCUUCCUCUUUUCCAUGUACAAAGCAGACGGACAGGUUUUAAAACAUUACACAUCUACGGAAAUCUCAAAGGGACAACUCUGGAACGGUUUUGUUUGCUUAAAUGUGAAAUGUUUGUGUCACCAUCGCCCAGGCAUUACUCUGACUAAUCCAGUUGUCUGCAAAAUUUAGACUUUAAGUCAAAAAUAUGCAUUCUAAACCAAGGUCUUUGAGCUGUUUAAUAGAAGUAACGCUUCUAGUUUUUCAUUGCCCUUUUUUUCCUGUAUUAAUGUCAUCAGAUUAAGGUUCGUGUAUUUCACGGAUGAAAGCAGGAGACUUUUAAGCAAAGCUGCGGAAAGUCGUUUCACAGAUCCUGCAACAGAGUUGAUUUUUCUGGAACACAACAAAAUGAAAAAGAAAUCUUCCCUCAAAAUGUGCUGUAGUGUCAGCCAUUUCAUCUCUCUUGCCACAAAUGUGUAAAUCUAUUUAUUGUCACUUAUUUUCUCUCUCUUUUUUUUUUCUAUUUAUCUUUUUUUUUUCUUUUUCUCGGUACCGCUGCGUUUAGGAGCACGAGUCAGUGAACUGGCACCAGCGCCACCAGUCCUGGCCUCAGCGUGUAAUCAGCAUAUCCUUUUAGUGGACGCACAUACAUGCACAUAAGGGAGCAGCUGGAGCUGACCCUCCUUUCUCUCAGCUACACUGCCAUAGUCAGUGGUCAGCAGGUUGGAGUGAACCAGGGUUUUCAUUCAUGCAAACACACAUUGCAGUUUAUCCCCUUUUUUCCUGCUUUUUCUCUGCAGUCUUCUGGUGCUUUCGCCUCCCCCCUCCUUUCUGUAUCGGUACAACGUGCUUUUGUUUCGUGCCACACGUACUUCAGCGCUUUUGUGGAUACUUUUUUGUCCUCUGGUUAGCUGAAUUUGGUGAAUUAGCUGAAAGGCCUCGCUGUGAACUCCCCCCCCCACCCCUCUACUGGUAACAUUAGUGGGCUAAAAUAGCUCACUGAGCUUUGGUAAUGAAGUGUUUUGUGGCUUCGGUUUGGUAAUCAGCGGGAUUUAGAGAGCAUAAUGAUAGUAUUUUUAACUGAUAGUCCUUACAGCAUGUUAUAAUCAGCCACAAGAUGAUGAUAAUGUGAAAUCAGAAGUUUGGCACCCGUCAGAGCUGAUAAUACUCACAUUGGACGCCUCCUGUCCCGUCAGUGAAACAAAUGAUACAUUCUGUAUCUUGUGGUCAUCUAUUAUUAGGCCAUGGCCACAGUUAUCCGCUUCUCAGAAAUUACCACUCAGUAACAUUUCAUUCCCACACACUUGCAAUUUAUGGUUAUGACUGAAUUAUCUAUUUUGCACGCCUAAGUAACUUGUGGCCACACAGUGAUACUUUUCCCACAAAUGCUACUGGGAACGCCGCUCAUUCCACAGCGACGGACCGAAGAUAAGUUUGAGACAGGCUGUCAAACAAUCUGUGGUCUGAUCUGUAUCUUCGGAAAAAUAGCUCUCGGAAAUGAGAGCUAUUUGUCUACAAAAAGGAGCGUAAAUAACAUUAGACUUUAUCGGCAUGCUGUUGCAGUAGUCUUCAUGUCCCGUUAUCUUUUCAGCAAAUAAAAAUCUGAAAAGUGAGCUGUUGGCAUUUGUAUUCAGCCCCACCAGUCAUUUAUAAUCACCUUUCUCUGCAGCUGUAAGUCUUUGUGAAUCUAUUUAAACCUCAUUUUUGCCGACGUUGAUGAAUCUGCUUUGAUCUAAACCACGGGUGUCAAAGCUCAAGACUUGCUGGUCAAAUCCGAAAAUCUGACAGCACACAACAUAACAGUUGUGUGCUUAAACAUUGUUUCAUCAGUCAAGUCAAAUCAGUUUUCAUUUGAAUAGGACCAAAUUAAAUCAAUGUAAAACAUUUUUACAUUAUAAGCAGUCACUGAUUGUGUCUUUAACACCAUCUUGGUCCUAUUUUCCUUUCGGUUUUCUCUUUGCGUGCUCGCCACAAAGCAAUGAUCUCAACAAAGUGUCUCUGGCUUUCAGUUGGAAAAGCGUCGCUACUCUGACGAAUGUCUCAUCUCCGCCGAAUGUCAGCCAACACACAGAGGACUGGACCUUUAAAAGAUGAAAACGUCUGCCGAUACUCUGGCAUUAACUCAACACAGGGCAAUUAACACUAAAAUUUACCGGGAAUCUUUGCGCCCAUUUUAGCCUUAGUUGAACAAAAACUGUUGCAAUAACAAAGAAAGAUGUGUUUCAUUACAUCUGUGGUGAACAAAACGACUGCCAUGCUUUUCUUUUAGCUUGGUGUGUGUGAUGUAUUUUGGACAUGAAGAGGCUGGGACUGUUAAUGUUGCAGCAUGAGGGAGCAGAUCUUCCAUUUUACCGCCAUUCAUACAACCUGGCUCUCUUCCAUUCUAACAACUCAAGUCUUAAAGCUUUGUUUACUGAUCUGCCUAUGGAUCUCACAUUGGAAGGAAAUGUUUACUGUGAAUGCAUGCUGCUUUGCAAACAUUUUCUCUCACCAUUUGCUCAGUGUAAGACGUUAUUGUUACAAGAUGAAUUUCCACACGAGUCCUUCAUCUAAACCCCACAGCAGCUAACGCUUGCUGCCAUUUGUGCACCUUUGUCGUUGGUUAUUACUUUUUUUUUUUUCCCCACACAAGCCUCCCUGUUUUCCUUCCGCCCGCCGUCCUGAUAGUGCCAACCAGACAUGAAAUUUUAGGAAUUAAAGAGAGUCUGCGUGACGACAGUGGAAAAAAAAAAAAAAGUGGGGCUGAAGAGCGCAGUAAGAAAUGUCUUCCCACCGCUGAAAUCAUCCCUGACGUCAGCGUUGCCUUGGACUGAGCUGUUAUAAAUAGACAUCCAGUCGGGAGCAACGUUAGACAUAAAUUAUUUACUGAUGACCACAGAAGAAAAGGCAGUUAUUGAUCACAACACCGUUUCAUGGAGGUAGGGUUCAUUUUGACAGGGGAAAAAAAAGAAAAAAGAAGGAAACCCAAUAAAAUUUUCCUUGCUGCUUGAAUCUCUUCAUGGUUCCAUGGUUGGUUUUAGCAAGACCAGACCAUUUAGGGUUUUAAUCUCUUGUCACUGCCUUGUUGAAGUGAACCUGUGUUUGUUUGUAUUGUGUAUUUAUUCCUCUGUAGCUCUUACAAACUCACAAAUAACUUCCUACCUUUUGUCCAAACAAGUCGUUUUACCCUUUCCCUUGAAUUCUCCUCACUUUUCCCUCUUUUUUUUUUUUUUUAACACUGAUUAUGUUUGUGAAGUCUCACAGACAUUGUUUGUAAAACUAAGAAUUCUG